UGUAAACACGGCAUGUUAGCGUGGUAUUCAGAUCGUUUCGUUAAGAAGACCCUCAUUUAGUAUAGCAUAUAUUUAUUUGGUGAAGCUGAGAGAUGGAGGUGGAAACAGCGAUGCCGUAUUUCUUCGGUGAUAUCGGCUUCUGGUCUGAGAGGACAGAGGUACACAAGGCUGCUUAUCAUGGUCAGGCAUCCCAGCUGCAGAGUCUGAUCCAAAGUGGAGCCUCAGUGAAUAUAGUGGCUGUAGACUCCAUCACUCCACUCCAUGAGGCUGCCAUCCGGGGACAGACGCAGUGUGUGAGGCUGCUGCUGGAUGCCGGAGCACAGGUGGAUGCGAGGAACGUGGACGGAAGCACUCCUCUGUGUGAGGCGUGCUCUAUCGGGAGCUUUGAGUGUGUGCAGCUGCUGCUGGAGUACGGGGCAAAAGUCAACCCUGCCCUCACCUCCCGCACCACCUCUCCACUACAUGAGGCCUGCAUGGGCGGUAAUGCUGAGUGUGUAAAGCUAAUGAUAUCGAAAGGAGCUAGUCUGGAAGCCUAUGAUCUGUACAAUGGGACUCCACUGCAUGUAGCCUGUGCUAACCAACACCUGGAGUGCGUCAAGGUGUUACUCAAUGCAGGAGCUAAAGUAAACGCUGCCCGGCUGCAUGAGACAGCACUGCACCAUGCAGCAAAGGCCAACAACAUGGAAAUGAUCGAGCUGCUGGUGGAGUUCGGAGCAAACGUGUACGCCAAAGACAAGCACGAGAAAAAGCCUGGCGACUACACCAGACCUGAAACACCUUCUGCUUUCUGUCUGCAGCUUUACGAAAGUACUCCUCUGUCUCUGCAGCAGCUGAGCCGCAUCAUCCUGAGGACAAAGCUGGGCACCAAAGCACCCCAGGCUGUGCCCAAACUGAACCUUCCAAAUCGUAUCAUCCGCUACCUCUGCCACCAGUGAGAUCUCUACACACAUACACUCAGGACAGGUGUGACUUCAAUGCGCCAACUUCACCUGCUCAACUAAACGUCAUUCAGUAGGACCUCAUAUCCUAUAGUUACAGAUAAUAUAGAGAACAGAUUAUUCAUUAAAAACUAUGAAUGCAGCAAAAUCACUUCUUAACGUCUUAAAGUCUUUGAAUGUGCAAUAUGAUGCAUCGAUAUUGUAACAUUAAAGGGACACUCUGGCCAAAAUGAAAAAUGUAACCAUCUGUAAACAUGACUUCUCAUCUCCUAUAGUGGUGCCACAAGUGAGGUUUUCCAGUUUAAAGGCUGGGCUUUUGUUCCCCACAAGCUGACUAAUUUAGAAAGAUGCCAGCUAGCUAACUUUGUCAAACAUCAUGCCUGUUUUUAUUUGGCUCUACAUCAGUGGAGUUCUACAUGACCAUGGAGGGAUUCUCCAUGGUCAUUUGAUGUAUUUGUGCAAUGCAUGCUGAGUAAAGGCAAAAAAGGACACAAAAACAUGAUCUCUGUCAGACCGGAUGAGGCUGAAGGAAAAUAUGCUGUGAUACAGAAUUACAUAACAUGACAAAAAGCAUAUUAAAUGCUUUCAGGCCGGAAUGCUCCUUUAACUACUGUAAAGGCAAGAACGGAAAAGGUUUUACGGAAUACACGUUAACCCUUAGAAGACACAGUUAUCACCAGCCAUCAAAUCAUGGUUUAAUUCUUUAGUGCUUAUCUCUCACUCUGUUAAAAGUGCAUAUUCUAAACUUUGAAUUAGUACCACAUUUGUGUUCAUAGGUUUUAAAUGAGAGAUUUUAUUGUGAUUUGAAUUGGAGGAAAAGUUAUUGUUGUGCAUGCAGUCAUGUAGUGGGUAACAUGGUUGGAAUAGUGUCGGGGGUAACACCUCUGCCUUUUAUGCUGUAGACUGGGGUUCAAGCACCAUACACUAUAGCAGUAAGAUUCCUUGGGCAAGACUCCUAAUGCUGCCUGUGUAAAAUGAUCAAAUUGUAAGUCCCUCUGGAUAAGAGCGUCUGCGGAAUGCCAUAAAAUGUAAAUAUGAAAAAGUUUGAAUAAAUUACUUGUUUACGGUCAAAUUCCAUGUUUUGUUGAUUGGAGUGGCAAUGAGUUAAUACACCUUUCAAUGAGAAUAAUCUUAAAUAUGGUAUAUUUUUUUUGCAAACUUUACUUUCUAAUUUCUUUUUUGUUCUGGAAAAACAUUGAAAAUGUUUGAAAUGAAAAUAUGAAAUGUACCUAAUGCACUUGCCACAUUUUAAAUGUAUGUUUAUUUGUAUGCUAUGUAUGUUAUUUAUAAAAAUACAUUGAUUGUGUUGUAAAUGUGCAGAAGUGUGUUCUCUGUAGAGUUAUUCACUUAGAAAAUCAACAAAACAUAAUUUGACUAAUUUAACGAUAUAGUCUUGUUUUGUGUAAAAGAAAACACCCAUUACCUUUUGUUUUUGUCAUUGCUUGACAUUAAAACAAACAGAAAAUAGCUAUCAAUACACAAUGGAAGUGGAAUGUAAAUACAAUUCUUUGCGUUACUUGUUAUGAAAUGAAAUACAUAUAACUCAACGGGUUAAAAUGAUUUGGUAGGAACAGAGAGAAAGAUAUGUAAACCUGGCAGCUGUCUGUACUCAGGUAUUGCUCAGACUCUGUAAUGGAGUAAAAAGUGGCAGCACAUUAGUUGCAGUGGCUACAGCUGUGCUGUUUGCACAACACUCGGCAGGUCUGAAGCGGAACAAUCUGGCAGCUCAGAGAGGCUUUCCAAACGCCGCCCUCUCAGGCCUGACAAUGUGGUGGACACGCUGGAGAAAGUAAACAUAGAGGGACAGAUGCUCAGCUCAUUUAAUUUCAGCAUUGGCUGAAAGAGUGCAGGCCCGUUUGAGAUGGGUUCAUAUUUUAAGGAUGCUUAUGCAAAUUUUUACUGUGUCACAUUUGUAAAUGAGGUGCUUUGUUUGUUGUGGUUUGUUGUGACCCCUGCUAUGUAAUGUGCUCUAGUAAAUGACCUUGAAUCCCACUCUUACAGCUUUUCUCCAUAACUCACAAUGAAGCAGCAGUGCUUUGCUAAAUAGAAAAAAAAUAGUUUGUCAUAGCACAGUAUGCAGGGCAAAUAUGUUGUGAGCUAUUGUUGAUACUUUGAGCCCCAAAAAUCUUAAUCAGGAGUUGUUUCUCUCUUUCUCCCUCUCUCGCUGAUGCUUCUUUGCUGUGAGGAUGUUCUUAAAUGUCUGAGAUUUUUUUAAAUGGGAAUUCUUAGGCCUUUAAAGCGGUGAUUGUGCUGCUUUACGCUGUGGCCCUGAACUGAAAAGAGAGCAUGGCAACUUUCUGUGUUCUGUGCAACCGAGUACUUGGUUAACUGUUCAAGGUGCCAGUAUUCGAAUAUCGAAAUCAGCUUUCAGGUCCUUUUAUAGACAGAGAAAAUAUACAAGCUAACAGUUCAGUGAAUUACAAUGGUUUAGCUUGUAUUUGUGAGUGUGUUAUAAUUGAGUACUAGAAAACACCAGUGCCUGAAUUUGAAAAUGUCUGAAUGUGGCUGAGAAAGCUAGCUACUCUAACUUAUGUGAGCUCUGAACAGUAUAUACAUUACUCACAAAAAGUUAGGGAUAUUUGGCUUUCAGGUGAAAUUUAUGGAAAACGUAAAAAGUUCACACUACAGUGAUAUUAUAUCAUGAAAGUAGAGCAUUUAAGUAGAAGGUUACAAUGGUGAUUUCCUCAUCUCAAUCAGUUUAUUGAAACAAAAGCCAACAACAGUGGUGGGUUUACCCCGACAAAAAAUGUCAAUGUCUCAAUAACUUGUCAUGUGCCCUUGAGCAUCAAUUACAGCUUGACAAUGACGUCUCAUGCUGUUCACAGGUCGACAUAUUGUCUGCUGAGGCACAGCAUCUCACUCUUCUUCAAAAGCGGCCCUCAGGUCAUUGAGGUUUUGGGGUACAGAGUUAGGAGCCCUCUACACAGCGUCUCAGCUGAUCCUUUAGGUUUUCUAUGGGAUUCAGGUCUGGAGAAAGUGCAGGCCGCUCCAUUUGAGGUACCCAGUCUCCAUCAGCCAUUCCCUAACGAUGCGACCUCGAUGAGCUGGAGCACUGUCGUCCAUGAAGAUGAAAUUAGGCCUGUGCUGUUCAUGCAGAGGCACAAUGACUGGAUUAAUGAUGUUAUUCAUUAGUAUGGGCUG